AUGGUUCAGAUAAGAGAAGCCACAGUUCAUGACUUGCAAGGUAUGCAGAAUGCCAACCUAACCAAUCUCCCUGAAAAUUAUACACUGAAAUAUUACUUGUACCAUGCUCUAUCGUGGCCCCAAGGUUCAUAUGUUGCAACAGUUCAAACUUCAUCAGGUGAGGAGCGUAUUGUUGGUUACGUUCUAGCUAAAAUGGAAGACGAUAAUAAUGAUGACCCUAAUGCUGGUCCUUAUAUUCCACAUGCUCAUAUUACCAGUUUAUCUGUCAUGAGAACAUACCGACGAAUGGGUAUCGCUGCCAAACUGCUACGACAGGCUCUGAGAGCCUUGGUUGAAAGUUACGGUGCUCAAUAUGUGUCUCUUCACGUCAGACAGUCCAACAAGGCUGCUAUUCAUCUUUACAGAGAAACUCUUAAAUUCGAACUUGUUGAAAUCGAGCACAGCUACUAUGCUGAUGGCGAGGAUGCCUAUUCCAUGAAAAAAGACCUUAAGGAACUUGUUCCAAAUGCUGAAGACCUCUACGAUGACGAUGAGGAUCUCCUAGUUGGUUCUAUUGCUAGUACUACUGCUGCUAUUACUGUAUAG